GUCUCUAACCUUUGAUAAGAUGGAAAUAAUGACUUUCUGGUAUAUUAAAUGAGUGGCUUAGUACACCAAGCACAAGACGGUUUGGACUAUAUGGAAAAUUCUGAUAAGAAUAAGAACGAUGUUCUCUUCACCUCAAGUUGGCAACCAUUAGAAUUCAUUCAGUGUGACUCAACUUACGAAGAAUCGAAAGCACUAGAAGAUCCACUGCUUGAAGAUUUUACUGUAUCUGUAGCAGGUGAUCAUGAUACAAAAAUAGAUGCAGAGUAUGUGGAAGAUGCAUAA